UCGACAACGGCACGUCGAUGCAGUGAUACAACAUUUUCAUUUUCAACCGAUAUGAUCAACAAAAUCUCAGCAUCGGAUACCGUUGCCGAUCAUUACUCGGUCUUCUACACUCCCAUUCAUUCACCAUUUCCAAAUUUCUUCGCCGCGCUCUCGUUCUUUCCGCCAAUACUGAUAGCGCACAGUAAUGUUAAGCGGCUGCUCGGCCUAUCGUAUGAGCAGAUGAUCGGGCGCCAGCUGACCGAAGUGUUCUCAUCAAACUCGGACGACAAGCCGCCAGUGAUAGCUUACAGCGAGCUGUUUCAUCCGGACGGCCAGCUGAAAUCUGUUUAUGGAAAAGCGGUGUGUCCUUUCAGGUUUGCUUGA